CGCCUAGCUGGACUCUACCACUUUUCACGUGUCGGAGGGGGGGGGGUGAGAAACUAUUUCUGUGAUGAAGGAUCUAACAGUGUGCCUUUCUUUUGAUACAAAUACCGCCGGAACGUUUCGCUUGUGCAGGAAACAAGCACGGAAGGGAUAGGCAGCAGGACUGCAUUGCAGCCCCGGACAGAGUUAACGGGAACACCAGCUGGAUACAUGUGAGUGACAGUGUUGUCGUAGAUACGGAGCGAUGAAGCGGCUGUACAUCGGCGGGUUGAGCCACUCGGUCACCCAGAAGGAUCUGAAGGAUCGAUUUGGAAAGUUUGGAGAUGUAGAGGACGUGGAGGUCCGCACUAGGAAGGACGACGAAGGUGUUCCUUACAAAACCUUCAGCUACAUUAACAUCAACAUUUCAGACGCCGACCUGAAGAAAUGUUUGACGGUGCUGAACAAAUCCAAAUGGAAAGGAGGAACUCUGCAGAUUGAAACAGCCAAGGAGAGUUUCCUGCACAGACUGGCUGAGGAGCGGCAAGAUGCAGCGGAGCAGCUCCUCCAGAAACCUGCAGCUGAGGACAAGAGACAGAAGAUGCUGGACUCCCUGAGCAAAGCUGGCGUGGACAACUUCACCAUGAAGGCUGCGGUGCCGGGGACUGAAAUACCAGGACACGAGGACUGGGUGGUCAGUAAAUUUGGACGAGUCCUCCCCGUCCUGCAGCUCCAGGGUCAGAAAGGCAGCAGAGCUCGAACCCUGAAGUACGACCCGUCCAAAUACAGCCACAACAUCCGCAAGCUGGACCGCAACGCCGAAGACCAGCACACACCGGUCACCCAGCUCACCUGGGAGGUUCAGGGAGGGGAUGAUGACAUCAGCAAGAAGAGGCGGGGAGAGUUUCCUCCGUACGAGCCACCGAGACGCAAGAAGACUAGGACAGACGUGGUCAACUCCCAGAAUGCAGAGGGUCGAAGCAGAUUUAAGCCGACUGUUGCCUCCGUCGAUCGCACCGACACUCGUCAGUUCACCAACGGAAAUGAACAACCAACCAGCCAAAGACCGGCUCAGAGGAGGGGGCCACGACAGACCGGCAGUGACGUUGACUCAGACGAGGAAAUCCGCAGAAUGGUGACGGCCCAGAACACCUCCCAUGCUGCACUGCUGCAGGAAGAGGAGGAGGAGUAUAAGCUGGAAGUAGUCGGACUCGACUACUUGAUGAAGUCCGGGCGUGCUCGUCAGCAGCAGAAAGGAGGUCCAGAUGAUGAUGAAGAGAAUGACUAUGACUCUGCAGACACAGAUGAACUCUUCGCCUCCAGGAAACCUCCUCCUCCUCCUCCUCCACCGCAGGAGAGACUGACUCUGCCCACUGCAGAACACGUUUCAGGAAACGACACGGAGAGGAAGAGAAAGACGAAGAAGAAAAGUAAAGCUGGAGAGGAAGAGGACGGUUCAUCAGAUGAUGAAGAACACGUCGCCUCAAGGAAACAGCAGAGAGGACAUUCUGGGAAACAAAGUUCUCAGAACCAAAGUAAGAAGAUGAAAGCUCUCCCUGUUGUAAAACCUCCUUCCUCAGAAUCAGAUAGUGAUGAGGAGGAUGAUGAUGAUGAUGAUGAUGAAGAUGAGGAGGAGUUAGAAUCAGCUGAUUCCAGUUCAGAUUCUGAUUAUGAAGCCAUGUUUUCUAACGUCACCCGUCUGGAGAUCUCCCUGGCUGACCUACAGAAGCUAGCUGAAGAAGCUACAGCUGACAGCAUCCAAGAAACUAACCUAACGCCCGGUCCCGCUGAACGACCUGCUCCCAAGAAGGGCACCACGCCGGAAGAGAUCCUUGCUGCCCUCAUGGCGGAUGACAGCAGCGAGGACGAGCAGAAAAAGAAGAAAAAGAAAAGAAAAGCCGUCGUGUCAACGUCGCUGCCCGCCUUCCAGGGGAUGAGGGCGCUGAGCAAGGGAUCAGAAACAGAUGAGGAGAAGGAGGGAGGAAGAGGAGGUCAGGUUAAAAAACAGAAGCUGGACUCUGAAGCUCUGAAGCUGAACCACAGAGCAACGGUGAGCAAAAUCAGCAGACAGAAGCACACAGAAACAGAGGAGUCUUCAGAGAGCAGUGAGGAGGAGGAAGAAGAAGAGGGGGAAGAGGAGGAAAAGGAGGUGGAGGUGGUGAAGAACAUGGCUGAGAAAGCUAAGGCAGGUUCCUCCUCGAGCAGUGAUGAUGAGGAGGAAGAGGAGAAGGAGGAGAGGAUGAAGGCCAAUCAGACUGUUCUUACAGCUAAAGCUGCAAUAGCAGCUUCACCUUUGUCCUCGAGCUCUUCCGCUGAGGAAGACGAGGACAAGCAAGAGAUCAUUUCGGCUGAAGAUGCUGUGAAAGCAGCACCUCCCUCUGCUCCUCACAGUGAGUCCUCCUCCAGCGAGGAUCAGGAGGAGGAGGAGGAAGAGGAGGAAGAGGAAAAGCAGCCUCCUCCCCGGGUGCCGUUAGGAGCUAAGGAGGAAGAGGCGCGGCAGAGGAAGGCCAACAUGAGGAGGCUGGCUGCCGUCCAGAAGAGACAGAAAGAGACUGAAGAACACAAGAAGCUCAUCCAGGGAGCUCUGGCCAACCUGGAUGCUCCAACAGCAGGAGCAGGGAAACACAUCGUCUUCGGCUCUGAUGAUGAAGAUGAUGAUGAUGAGGAUGGUGGCGAUGAUGCAGAUAAGCAGCAGGCGACCUCAGAGGUCACGGCGUCAAAGAAGACGCUGUUCCAGGACAGCCAAUCGGAGGACGAGGCAGCAGCCAAUCCGAACGACUCAACAAAAGAAAAGGUGCGUCUGAAGCAUUCGGGCCCUAAGCUCUUCGGCGGCAGUGAGGAUGAGGAGGAUGCUGAUGAAGAGGAGGAUGGCAGCAGGUUUGACAUCAGGCCUGAGUUUGAAGGUCGAGCAGGACACAAGCUGAUGGAGCUACAGUCUCGCUUUGGGAGAGACGAGCGCUUCCGGAUGGACUCUCGCUUCCUGGAGGAGGACGAGGACAAAGAGGAGGAGUCAGAGAAAAAGAGCAGCGUGACUGUGGAAGAGGAGGCUCUGGACGAGGAGAGGAAGAAGAGCCUGUCCAUCCUGCAGAGCGUCCUCGGCGGCAGCCAACAAACCUGCAGCAGCAGCAGCAAGACGGCCGGAAAAGCCAAGACCUUCAGAGAUGUGUCAGCGCUGCAUUACGACCCCAGCAGAGAGGAACAUGCUGCGUUUGAGACCAAAACAGAUGAAACCAAGAAGGAGAGCAAGUCGGCCAGGAGGAAGAAGAGGGAGGAGGCUCAGAAGCUUCCAGAGGUUUCUAAGGAGAUCUACUAUGACGUGUCCGGUGACCUGAAGGCCGUGUUUGGUCAGAAGAAAGAGGAUGACGUCGCCGUAGAAGACGAGAAGACAAACUGGGACCAAGAGGAAGAAGAAGUAGUAGGGAAGGAUGAGCAGUCGACCCUGCAGUCAUCUCUCCUCUCAGCUGAUCCCAGCGCAGAGAAAGAGGAAGAGUCUGGAUUUAAAUUCUCUUUCUUUGGAGACGACGAGGAAACAGGAAGUGGAGAGACAGCAGAGUACAAGGUAGAGAGCAUCCAGGCGCCAAAGGUGUCAUGGCAACAAGACCUACGUUUCCAUGACAGCAGCUCGGAUGAGGAUGAGGAAGAGCAGAAGGAAGAGGAGGAGCAAAGCAGCGUUGCCGCUAAAACCACAGAAGAGGAGACUCCUUCAAAGACCGAUCGUUUCUUCUUCUUCCCUGAAGACAGCAGACUGUCAGAGGGUCCCAAGUUGUUCUGUCGUCCCACUCACCUGGAGGAGCAGAGGGAACAGUGGGAGGAAAGGCGGAGCGAGCUCAGACAGGAGUACCGCAAGAAACACAAGGAUGCCCGGAGGAAGCUGAAGUCCUCCCAGAAGAGCUGAGGAUUAUGGGAGGUGAAGUCUCUGUGUGUUAGUUCACUGGUAUGGACUUGAGAAUCAGGAGCUGACAGAUUAUUUUUUCUCCUCUUGGUGCCGUUUUGUGGCCCAGACUGAUUUCAACAGUUAGCAGGACGGACACCAAAUGUCCACCGAAGACACAGACGUUGAGUGAAAGAUCAUCAGAGUAUCAGAUUUAUUUUUUAUUUUAGUAAAUACGGAGAUAUUUUGUGUUCAGGACUUCCUGUUGGUCCAUCUGGUUUGGUUUUCUUGUCAGUUGCCAUGGAAACAAUUCUGCAAAUGAACUUCUGGACAAAUGGCAACAGCCAAUCACAGCUUCAGAGGACCAAACCGUUUAUUAAAAAAAAAUCUAUAAAAAUACAAACAAAAUAGUCAAAUUGAUAAGGAAAUAAUAAUAAAAUAAAAACAAAAAUAAACAUGAAAUAUGAAAAAACUUUAUUCCUCAUUAUUUUCUUUUACCGUUGCCUCAGGCUGCAAUUUCUUGAUCUGUUAUUAUUUUUUAUUUUUUUGUAUUGGUCAGUUUUGGUCUUCCAUACCUCUACAGCUGUCAAUCUGCAGGCUGAUAUCAGCAUCUGGAGUCAAACUAAUGAGACUAAAGUUUAUGAUUUGAUCAACAUCACACUGUUAUGAUCUGACUCCUCGUCUCAUUGUGGACUUCAGAUUUUGCCUCAUCACAGUUGAUUGGAUGAGAAGCCUCGCUGUCACUUUGUGCUGUGAAAUAAAGUGAAAUGAUAUUUUGUGAAGUUUGAA